AUGGCAGCCAGUGAGACCGUCCGGGUUAUCGUACGAUGUCGACCGAUGAACCAACGUGAAAUGGAUUUACAAUGCAAAACGAUAGUUUUAAUGAAUGGACAAUCCAAUCAAGUUAUGUUAGAAAAUAUUGAUCAAAGUAACGAACCACCAAAACAAUUCACAUUCGAUGCUGUUUAUGCUGAGGAUUCAAUAACUGAAAAUCUCUAUGCUGAAUCAGUUUUUCCACUUGUUGAAAAUGUACUCGAAGGAUAUAACGCAACAGUAUUUGCCUAUGGACAAACAGGCUGUGGAAAAUCCUUCACAAUGCAAGGAUUGCCUGCACCCGGUUCCCCACAAAGGGGCGUUAUACCGCGAUCAUUCGAGCACAUAUUUGAAGCAUCGUCGGUAGCAGCUGGUACUAAAUAUCUUAUUCGAGCAUCCUAUCUCGAAAUCUAUAAUGAAAGCAUUCGUGAUCUACUUGGAAAAGAUGUCAAAGCAACACUUGAUCUCAAAGAAUAUGUUGACAAGGGCGUUCUAGUACAAAAUCUAUCAUGGCAUCCAUGUGCAAGUGUAUUGGACUGUGAACGUCUUAUGGAUAAAGGAAAUCGAAAUCGUGCAACAGGUGCUACUCUAAUGAAUAAAGAUUCGUCUCGAUCGCAUUCAAUUUUUACCAUUGUUACUGAAAUGUGUUCGAAAAGUGACAUCGAUGGAAAAGACCAUAUUCGAGCUGGUAAACUUAAUUUAGUUGAUUUAGCCGGUAGUGAACGACAGUCGAAAACACACGCGGAAGGCGAUCGUUUACGUGAAGCAACCCGAAUUAAUCUAUCGCUCAGUGCAUUGGGUAAUGUUAUUUCAGCACUGGUCGACGGUCGUUCGAAACAUAUUCCAUAUCGAGAUUCUAAACUAACGCGUCUUUUACAAGAUUCACUCGGUGAUGCGAAUCGAGCGAAAAAUAUUAAGAAUAAGCCUCGCAUUAAUGAAGAUCCGCGUGAUGCUCAAAUGAAAUUGUUGCAAGAAGAAAUCAAUCGUCUAAAACAAGAACUUGUCCAUGCAGGAAAUGUACCUGGUGGAAAUCAACCACAACCGCCACCGAGUAAUGAGCCUCCAGUUAACUUUGAAGAAGAUAUUGAAAGAGAAAGAGAACGAUUACGUGCUGAAUAUGAACGUGAAGUAUCUGAAAUACGUCGUCAAUAUGAAGCGGAACGUCUAAGUAAAGAAGAUCUUCAACGAAAAUAUGAAGAUUUAAAAUCACAAUACGACACUGAACUUGAUGCCUUAACGGUAGAUCAACCCAAAGACGAAAAUGUAUCGCCUGCACCGCCUGCACCGCCUGCAGCACCUGCACCAUCUGCACCACCUGCACCACCUGAACUUGAACGUGGCAAAACAAAGAAGAAAGGUGGAGGUAACAAACAGAAACGUAAUGGAGACGGAACACCCAAUGGUCAAUAUGCCGAUGGUGAAACUACGUUCGAACCUACCGAUGAUUUUGAACAACAACAGAAACUUGAACGUUUACAAGAAUUAGAAAAAAAUCUUGUCGGUGGCGAAGAAGCAAAUAAUGACGAACGAAAAAAGAAGCGUAAAAAGAAAUUAAAUGAAAUGCGUGAAAAACAAGAACAACGAAAACGUUUCAAUAAAGUGAUCAAUGGUGAUGACGAUGACGCCAUGAUGAGAGUUUUCAAUAAUGCUCAAGAAGAGAUUCAUUACGUGGCUAAAAAUCUCGAGUUAGAAAAAAUCGAAAAUAAACGUUUGCUAGCUGAUAAUGCCGAUUUACAACAUGAAUUUCAACGUGAACGUGAAGGAUAUUUAAAUACAAUUCGUGAACAAGAAAAGAAAAUCCUUCUCUUUCGUACGAUGAUUGAAAAAAUGAGUCGUGUCAUGCAGCGAAGUUGUAACUACUGUAAUACAGAUAGAAUUAUUGAGCAAGCUCGUUAUGACGAGGAGAAAAAUCUCUAUAUUUUACCUGAACCUACCAUCGAAGACAUUCAACUACCUCAAAUGGGAAAUCUACCAGCGGCAACAAAUGCACGUGUGCCAUACAAUGAUUAUAUUACGCCGAGCAAAUCGAUGGGCACGCCGCCGAUGACCGAAUAUGAAGAUGAUUUUAUUGUACCGACACAAAUGAACACCAGUCAGCAACAUCAACAAUCGAAUAUGAACGAUGAAGAACUUGACAGGCGGUAUGGACGUAACGAAUCAUCAAAUUUACCAGCAGAAAAAACACGUAUCAAACGACAAGAACAAUUGUUGAAUCAAAGUUCACUUUUACAACGUACGAAACGUCCUUUACAAAUGAACGAUAAUGAUUAUAUGAAUCGUCGGCUCAAUCCAUUUGAAGCACCAGCUCGACUAAGUCGUAAAUAUGGUUUUUCAUCGGAUAAACAGUAA